AUGGGCCAUGACGAGGACACUCUCCCUAGUGGUCCAGAUGCUGUUGCAAGAAGAUGUCUGGACAGGACACCGAACUGUGAGGACGCUGCUGAAGAGGAACAAGAGCUCGAGUCCCUUGGUUCAGACGAUGCUAGCACCCAAGCAUGGGAGAACCUGAAGAGCAUGCAUGACUGGUUACACAGUCCAGUUGAGCAAUACUCAGAUAGGUUGUGUGCAGCAGGACGUCUACAAGAAUUUGUCGCAUCUCGAGGAGAAGAUUGGGAAGUCAACAACUGCUGCAUCGAUGGUGAAGGCCGCUGCUUCUUCACAAUAGCGCGUAGCAAGUUCCUUUCACCUGUUGAGGAAAGAGGUAAGCUCCAUAUGCUUUAUCACUGCUCUACAGGAAUGAUUUUCUGUUUGGAUACUAAGGAACCUGUUGCCAGAGCGGUGGUUCUGCGCUUUGGUCGAGGAAUUACCCAAAGUGCAGUCAUCAGCCUGUCACUAGCCGCCCACCCGAAUAGCGGGUGCGUUCUUAUGGUGGCAAAAAGUGGUGCAGAAGUGCGCAACGGUAUACUCAGUCAUGGGAGUUCUCCACUUCUCUCAUUAGCCACAGAUUGUCACCCACUGCAAGGAGAUGCCGGUUUGACUUCCAUGCCGGUCAGCUUGCACGAUCCUUCAGUUGGCGCAAGGACGUGCAGGAGGGACAGUGUCUCUGCAGCUGAUCAAGCAAAUACACUCCCAGCUGUGCCCAGACUCUCUGACACGCAGGGAUCCAGCGAAGCUCCAUCUGCCACCGAGCCAGCGGUGACUCAGGAAGGAAGUGAUGAUGUGCUUCAGCGUAGCAGGGACAGUACGCAAAUAAGACCGUCCAGUCUUCAACAAGGUACAGGGGAUGAAGCUGCAGUCGUUGGCGAAGGGUUGGUUCAAGCAGGGCGCACGCCAGUCACGAAUAAUUCCGGUAGGAACCUACAACCGCCGAACCACCCUACUGCUGUACGGGAACCUACACAUGGAGCACACCACGAAGUGCCCGACGCCCUUGAAGGAGGGGGACACAAAGGAUCAGCUGAUGAGCACAGCACUUGGUGGUUUUGUCCCUGCGAUGGCGACCCAAGUUUCUUUUUUCCCGUCGCUGAGUGUUUCGAUGACGACGCAAUUCAUAAUGCAGCGCAGUCCAUUUGCCGCCAGUUUCGAGGGAUCGCAAGCAGCAGUGUGUGUCGAGCGCAUUUUGAAGAUGAUGGUGGAGUUGCGCUUCGGGAAGCAAAAGCAGCUGCGGCAGCUGCGCGCACCGCAGAAAUUAUGUUAGUAGCAGCAAUACAGACGCAGGUGCCUGGCGAAUCGGAGUUGGGACUGAAGUAUCCAUCUGCAUUUCCUGUCACGAGUGCAGGAAAAGGAUGUGCAUCGGAGAGAGCGAUGCGUACAGCUGUUCUCAAGGCCCUUAAGGAAGCUAAUCUCGCGGCAUCCCGGGCUGAAUCAGUGGAUACAUUCUGUGGCAACCGGGCGUCAAAGUUCGGCGGCCCAAAACUGGAGAAGAAGCUAUAA